CGGGAACGGAGAUGCCGUAUUGCAGUGCAUCAGUGCGAAAAUAUCACUGAAGUCUUAAGACAAAAACCCAAUUUAAGUGUUGAUAUUAUCAUUUUUGCAAUAGAUGGACAAGUCAGACAAUCAGUUACAGAAGAUCCCGAUAAUUGUCGUCUAUUAGGAAAUCGACUUCUGAACCUCGCAGAAGGCGUUCUGGGUUUAAAAACUGGUCUUCCUAUGAUCGAUUACGAAAUUAAUUUCGAUUGAAAGUUAAUAUUUUAUCAAACAUGAAGAAAUUAUCAAAAUCUCAAGCUUAUGCUUCUAGCCAAGAAGAAAGUGAAAAUGAUAGUGAUGAAACUGAGUGCAGUAUUGGCAGCAAUUCAACUGCAGGAACUCAUAGGAGUGAUACUCCGACGCGGAGUGCUCGGCUGAGAAGAAAAGGUCGUCGAAGAAGUAAAACAGCGAAAAGUAAGCCUGCUGCUGAUAGACCUCUUUAUAAAUAUGCUUAUAGUAUCAGAGAAGAUCAUGGUCAACCUUUAUUUGGAGUUCAAUUCAAUCAUCAUCUCAAAGAAGGUGAACCAAUGAUUUUUGCUACAGUUGGUAGCAAUCGUGUCAGCAUUUAUGAGUGUCGUGAAGGUCAUGUUAUGCGUUUUCUUCAGUGCUAUGCUGAUCCAGAUUCCGAAGAAAAUUUCUAUACAUGUGCUUGGACUUAUGACGACUCUGGAAAACCUUUACUAGCAGUAGCAGGAUCCCGUGGAGUUAUUAGAGUAAUCAGUCCUGUUACAAUGACUUGUAUUAAACAUUAUAUUGGGCAUGGUCAUGCAAUCAAUGAACUUAAAAUUCACCCAAAAGAUCCAAAUAUCUUGUUGUCAGCAUCUAAAGACCAUGCCCUCAGAUUAUGGAAUAUCAAAUCCGAUGUAUGUGUGGCAAUUUUUGGCGGAGUUGAAGGACACAGAGAUGAAGUUCUCAGUGCUGAUUUUGACAUGAAAGGACAAAGAAUUAUUUCCUGUGGCAUGGAUCAUGCAUUAAAACUUUGGUCACUGGAAAAACCUGAUAUGAAAGAGGCAAUAAAACAGUCUUAUUUUUGUAAUCCAUCAAGAAAUGGUCGUCCUUUUGAUACAAUUCUCCAACAUUUUCCUGACUUUACUACUCGUGACGUUCAUAGAAAUUACGUGGAUUGUGUCAAAUGGUAUGGUGAUUUUAUUCUGAGUAAAUCUUGCGAAAAUAGCAUUGUAUGUUGGAAACCAGGUCGCUUGGAAGAUUCUCAGUUGCGCAAUAAUGAAACUAGUGCAACCGUUAUUCAUCGAUUUGAGUUUAAAGAGUGUGACAUUUGGUUUAUUAGAUUUUCGAUGGACUUCUGGCAACGUACACUUGCAUUAGGCAAUCAAGUUGGACGGACUUAUGUGUGGGAUCUUGAAGUUGAUGAACCCGGACAAGCUAGAUGUUAUUCUCUUCAACACCCACGAUGCUCUGCACCUAUUAGACAAACAAGUUUAAGUCGUGAUGGAUCGGUGUUACUUUGUGUUUGCGAUGAUGCUUCAGUAUGGAGAUGGAAUCGUGAUCAUUAAUUUUUAUAUUUGAUAAUUAAAUUUGCAUUCUUUUUAACUUUUGCACUAUAGUUAUUAUAGUGUUUAUUUAUAACACACAAUUUGAAUACUGAAAAUGUACAAAUUGAUUCUUAUACAGUCUUGAUUAAGUUAACUAAGUUUAUACAAAU